CUAUCACAACAGUCACACGGUGCACUCCUGAGGGAACUAAAUUUCCUGCAGCACUGAUUGGACAAGCAAUAUAAUGUGAUCAUCUGCAGCCAGCGAUGGCCAAGCGGGCGUGUCAUAACUAUUUGAUAUCUUAAGUCUGAUGUGUCUUACCCUCCAUGGCAGAGGUUCUGUCGAACACCUGAGAACUCAGGUUAAGAAACCACUGCAGUCGGGUAGUAAUUGUCCUACGCCACCACCACAUGCCCCCCUUCAGGCUGGGCUCUGGUUACGGGUCUGGUUAUGAUUGUAUUAUUGUCAAUGUUUAAUGCUAUGUUUUCUGAUGUGUUAUUGUUAUUUUAUGCCAAACGUCCCGGAGAGCGCUUUGUUCCAGCUGCAGCUGUCAUUAAAGUGCUAUAUAAAUAAUGACGUAUUGUAUUGUAAUUUAUCGUCAUAAUAGUUGGCCUAUUCAUGAUCGACUCACUGCCAUCUGGCUACUUAUGUAAGCCCAGUCCAUUGCGGUCCCUCCCACCAGUGGGCAUGAUCACGAAGGAUUGGUGUGCUUCUGGUUGCACGUUUCAUUUUACUCGUGAAUUUGGUCUUCGAGCUCCCGCGAACAACAUAAGAGGACGCGGUAGCUAUUUUUUGUGCUGUCCUUUUCCUCAAAAUACCAUUGAUGUGUACCAGUGACGCCCGGAUUUAAAGUCGGCGAAGUGGGAAUAUGAGAGCUGGUUAGUUUGAGCUGUAAACAGGUGGCCGACAAUACCAAUCAUGCAGCAUCCUUUGGACAUUGGGGCGCUUUACUGUCCGGCGGAAAUUCAGCCCGAUCACGGGACGCAUCGCUACCGGAGUUUCAUGAUUGAAGAGAUCCUCACCGAUCACCAUCCUGAACACAAAGUUGGGGCUCCGACUCGAGAGCUCCUUAAAUUCGGAGUACACGCGCUCCUCUCCACUCGUGCAUUCCGUAACCAAUUGGCGUUAAAGGCUGACCAGACUAACCUUGUGAAGUUCCCCUUAUCCCCGCUGCCCUGCACACUGAGCUCCCCGUUCGGCUCGCCACUACUAUCGGCGGCCGCAAACCUUCAUGUCGGCGUGCCAUCGCACCACCUGCCUCUUGACCCUCACCUCCGGGGAAAAUUGGACCAUGGAUCUGACGGUACCGGCAAAAGCAAGAAGGGUCGCCGAAGUCGAACCGUGUUCACCGAAUUACAGUUAAUGGGACUAGAAAAACGCUUCGAGAAGCAGAAAUAUCUGUCCACCCCUGAUAGAAUAGACCUCGCGGAGUCUUUGGGUCUCAGUCAACUCCAAGUCAAAACGUGGUACCAGAACAGAAGGAUGAAAUGGAAGAAAAUUGUUCUGCAAGGGGGAGGUCUGGAGUCACCAACUAAACCAAAAGGCCGUCCAAAGAAGAAUUCGAUUCCGAGCAAUGAGCAACUCUCUGCAACUCUGCCCAAAAAAUCAAAUUCUGCCACCGAACGUCAGGCGGAAUGCUCGAGCUCUCAUUCCAAGAACACUCAGUCGGAAGGACUUCAUUGAUUCGUUCGAGCCCAGCGACACAAACUCAGAAUUCGAAUGCUGUGGUAAAGAUGAGCAGUGGUUCUCUUGAAGCUGGAGUUUUGGUGCCCUCUUUUUAAACAAAAAUCUCAGGACAACCUGAGCUGUACAACAUAUACUCCAGCAAAGUGUAUAUAUUGUAAGGAUUGCUGCCUUGCAUCGUUUCCUCUGAUGCACUUGUGACUAAUUGAGUGGACGAAAACGUUUGCAGUAUGUCUAUCAUCUUUACUUAGUGUAUUUCAUCUGUGUAUGUCAUGAAUAAUUAAUAAAUAUAUUUUCACUAAUAUCA